AAGCACAGCACACAAUCUUAAGUAAAAGCAAUUAGAUUAAGACAUUGGUGCACGGCCUUCCCCCACCCUUCUGCCAGAUGGAAGCUCUUCUGUUAAAGACCUCAAGCUUCUUCCUGCCAGGUGCUUCUCUCAAGUGCAGAUUGAAGAAAGCCCCCUCCCUUGAUGUGAGGGGCAGAAUCCCAGCCCUCCUAAUCUCCCUUUGUCACACCUGAGGCUGCUGUGACCAUGGGGACCGCAGGGAGCCCCCUAGGACUGGGGGUAGGGGAGAAGGGUGUGGGAGCUGUCCCUUUAAGAGCAGGAAUGAGGAGAGAGCCCCCGAGCUUCAGGGAGUCCAACUGGUUCUCUACCUGCCCAGGUUUGCUUAGGGCGUGGCGGCUGUGGAUAAAAGCAGGACCCAGGCUUAGCAGCCCCAUUCUCUCCCUUCCCUCCUGGAACUUUCCAAGCAGACUCAGGAGCCACACAGGCCAGCUCGAGGCCGCCACCAUGCAAGAGGUGACCUUGAGCCUGCUCAUCCUCCUGACAGCAGGCCUGCCUGCCCUGGACGCCAAUGACCCAGAAGAUAAAAACAGUCCUUUCUACUAUGGUGGGAAAUGCAAAUGCAAGUUCAGCCAGAAGCCCAGUCACCAUCCGGGGGAUGCCCCACCUCUCAUCACUCCAGGCUCUGCCCAUCACUGAGGAUGGAUCAGCGGAAAGGACACGGACAUCACUUCUCUUCCGUCAAGUCUUGGCUCUGCACGGGAGCCUGGACUCCAGGAUGGAAUUCUCCCUCCUCUCCUCAGACCCCCUUGCCAGGGUCUCAUCUCACCUCUCACUGGGGGUGUCUUUUUAUUCAAUUUUUAAUCUAAAAAUUGAUCUAGCCUCCUGCCUCCUUGCAUUGGGGUGGGUUUUCACUGGCAGCUGGCACAGACGCCGGCAGCUCAUCUCUCUGUUGGGAAAAGCCCGAAGGCCUGGUGAAUGGCAUGAGGUCCGGCCUCCGCCUCCCAAGGCUAGGGGAGCCACGAGUACAGUUUACAAGUUUUCUAGUAGCCAAAUGGUGGGUACUCUGGGGAGCGAACGAGAGCUCCCCAGAUGGAAUGCUAGGACAGUCAAGUGGACACUGAGACCAUCCCAGAAAAAGAAGGAUGUAGAUCUUCCUAUCAUGAUGUGAGCAGUCAGAUUAUAAUAGUAAGACCCCAUGACCCCCCAAGUCACCCCUGAGACCCCAUUAUAUUAUAGAAAACCCUUCCUAGUACCCAACUGUCCCUGUAAGAUCUCUAAAUAAUUCCCUAUUAGACUAAUAAUAUAUAGUGGCCACAUGGUGUGAGAACCUCCAAGGAGCUUCAAACUCCCUUGAGACUCCCCAAUACCCAAUAAGAUAUCCAAAAUGUCCCCAAGGCCACCCCAUAUAAUGCCCAAAACCCAUUAAAACAUCCCAAACGAUCUCCUAUGAUGUCCUGAGACAUGAUCCCAAGAAGAGACCCAAAAUAAACCAGUGACUUGUCCCUUAA